GGCUGACUGCGGCAGACGGGGGAGGCCUACCUUUCCGCGGCCGGAGCCGGCGGGCCCACCAGCCUCGUGCUCCACCCGGCUCAGCUGCCGCCUUCGUGGAGACGACCGCGCGGGCGGGCGAAGCCCUGAGGCGCAUCCUCCCUCAGGAACCCGAGCGAAGCGAGAGCCGGGGGUCGCGACCCCCCUGCCCCGACCCCGGAGGGUGGGAGAAGCUCAUUUGAACCAAACUGCCUGCGCGACCGCCGUGGCAGCCCAGUAGUCCCGGGGCCGCCGAGGGCGCUGUGUGAGAUACCAGCCACCGGUGCCCGAAGUGCUGCCGCGGCUGCCGCGUCUCUGUUCCCAAAGCCCCGGGGAACAUCCGCCCUCUGGGAGACGAUGCUUGAACAGGGAAAACCCUUUCCCGGAACAUCUGAGCUGUAAUUCAAGCUUGAGUUACCUGGGACAGUCAGGGGGGCAAACAUGUUUAACUCCGCAAAUGAACUGGAGGUUUUGGAAGAAACAACUGCGGAGAUCUCCCAGCUCUCUUCGCUGGCACUGGCAGGGGACCCACCAUGCAGCGACAACAGCCCAACUGGUUCACCCGAAAAAACUGGCUUUCCGGACUCCGUUUACAUCCUGGCAGCGAAUAUUUUUCAGGGCAUUAGACUCGAAAAGUCACCAGAGAAAGCCUUAAUAAAGUAUGGGAAUGAGCCCUUGCCGUCCUCAACCGAAUCCGAGGAUGAAUCCUUUCAGCGUUUGUCCUAUGAGUUGGCUUUCAGUGCACUUAAGUAUCAAGAUAUUUUGGAAACUAUAUUAAUAGAUAGCUAUAUCUUCCCAAGUACCACAAUACCACAUCAUUUGAACAGUCUUAUCAUUGUGAUGCUAUAUGAUUUCCAAGACAGAAAAUUUCAAGCUCGUCUCCUUUCUAAUAAUGAAGCGUCUAUAGCAGAAGUUCUAGAAGUGGAGAACCUUCUUAACAGUUUUAAGACAAAAUUGGCUGCAGCAUUGGCAAGAUGUCGAAUCAAACAUGAUGCCCUUUCAAUUUACCACAUUCUUCCAGAAACAGUUAGGAACCAAGAAUUAAGGGCCUCCACUUUGCCACUUUAUGCUUGGAUAAAUACUUGUAAAAUCAGCCCUGAAGAAGUUUAUUAUACUUUGAAGAAAAAUGGCUAUAAUAAAGUCAAAUCUGUAUUGCAUAUUGAUAGUAAAGUCUUUGCUGUGGAUCAGCAUUGUUCUGAUGUCUUAAUUUUUCCAUCUCAUCUUAAAAGUGAUCUUCUAAAUAUAGAUCUUUUUAAAGAUUAUAAACUUAUAUUUCAGGACAAAUCUCGAAGUCUCGCUGUCCAUUCUGUAAAGGCUUUAUUAAAUAUGGAUGAUGAUAUCUUAAUGGUCAAUACAGGUUCUUGGUACACAGUUGCCCAUAUGUCAAUCUUAACAAAUAAUAAUACUUCAAAAAUAUUUGUGUGUGGAGUACAAUCACAAGCUAAGGAUCCUGACCUGAAGAAUCUUUUCACAAAAAUGGGAUGUAAAAAUAUUGAGAUACUUCAUGAGACAUUUAUGAAUCUUGACUUAAAGGAUCAUCGAUUACAGAAAGUUAAAGUGAUUCUGCUGUUACCUCGUUGUUCAGGACUGGGUGUUAGUAAUCCAGUAGAAUUUAUUUUAAAUGAGCAUGAAGAUACAGAUUUACUUAAAGAUUUCUCUCAAGGAGGCCCAUCAGAAGAUAAACUUCAUGUUCUUGCUCAACAGCAAUAUGAACAGCUAACACAUGCCAUGAAAUUUACUAGAGCUCAAGCUAUUGUUUACUGUACAUGUUCAGUUUAUCCAGAGGAAAAUGAAGCUAUUGUUAAGAAAGCACUGGAAUUUCAAGACCACGGGAUUAAAGUACAACCUUAUAGGCUUAGUCCCCCUGUCCUUCCACUGUGCUCCUUAAAGGAAAUACAUUUGUCUACUGACAAAUUUUUUAGAAUGGAACCAUCUGAAAUUACCAAUGGUUGUUUUCUUUCUGUUCUAACAAGGGAGCGGGACCCAUCUGAGACAGUAUCUGUGAAAGAUGUUUUGGCCCGUGCAGCGGCGAAGGGUCUCCUGGAGGGGAUGGAGUUGGGUGAGCCUUCAAAACGGGAGAAGAAGAAGAAGAAGCAAAGGAUGUCGCUGCCAAAAUCUUCCAUCGCUGAUAACAGCGGCAUCCAGAUGAAAAUUGCCGAGUUCCUGAGUCGAGAAACUACUGCGAGCGCUAAUCAGUCGGAGACAUUAACAACAAAAACAUCUCUUCCUCAGAAAAAUACAAGUCAAGUGGGGUCUUCUUCACAGGUCAGAAAACCCAGCAAGCCCACCACCAAUCCUUUAGUGCCUACAAUUAUGAAGAACACAUCUUCCAGACCAUAUGAACGGCCAACAAACUUCGUGAGACCUCGGCCAGAAGACAGAAUGAUUCCACUGAAACCCAUAGAGAUUGCCUUGCCUCCAGUCAUGCUGCCGUUUCCCAGUCCGCAACGGAUCAGAUCUCACAUACCAACUCCGCAUUUUUAUUAUCGUUGGGUUGGGCCCAAGACCGUCUUGCCUGGCUAUCUUUCCACACCAUCAAUACCCAGAAGAGGGGAAAAACCUAAAGAAAACUUUCCUUCCUCUCUACCCAGGCAUCCUCGACCAUAGCUGUGAGUGUCUUGCAUUUUUUCUACAGGGUCAGGAAUAGAUUCCCCCUCCCCCCCCAGAGUCUGCAGGUUAGACAGCUGUUAGAACUGGUUUCACUCUUGGUAACUUUCAGUCUGGACUUAGGACACUGGUUUUAAAGCUGCAACAAUUUUUCCACAAGGGAAACAGUGUGUGCCUUGUAACAGACUUCUUUUCAAAGUUAAUUUGUGAGGCGGUUUAUCAGCAUAAGUAUGGAAAAGAUGCUCUUGCAUAGACCUUAGAUCACUCUUCAGUAUCGAGUCAGCUGUAGUUUAAACAUUUCAGUCACUGUCGAGGUUGAUCUUUUGUAAUGUGAUUGAGGUUGAGUAGAAUUAGGAAAAACAGAAAGGCCCAGUGUUCUAGUUCCUAUGUCCAUUCAGGGUGAAAACUUUCUCACUGGAAGAGCUUCCAGGAUCCUAAGCACAGUGAACAUAAGCUCUCCCUUCUGACUAUUUAUGCCAAAUACUGUUGUUAAAAAAAAAAAAGACUAAGCAAAUUUCCAUCUAAGUAGUAAUUCUGAGGACAAGGUCAAACUGUUGAAUAUAAGUGACACACCUAUUGUUAAAGAAAUGUAUACAAAUUUCUGGGUCUAUUCAAAGAUCAGGUGAAAACUUUCAUUUCAGAUGGCGCACAGUAGUGAAGCCCUGGUAAAUCAUUUCUGAUGCUCAAUUAAAACAUAUUGUAGCACUAUUUUAAUUAUAUUAAAAGUCAGUUCAUCUUGACUGUAUUAUCAGUUGCCUUCCAAGAACUGGUUAUGGUUAUUAUUUCUGGGUCUACUGACUUUUUUUUCAUCAUGGCAACAGAAAUUGAUAUUCAAUCAAGUAAGUUACAACUAUAAAUCCUGCUGUUUAAGAACAUGUUCAUAGACACAUUUAUAAAGUUUGAAUUUAAAGUUCUAUUUUCAGAAUCCACUUGUGUUGAAUAGUGUUAUAUAAAUUCCUAAAUUUCAAUUCAGAUGUCAUGAUUUUAGGAGAAUAUUAUCUUAUUUAAGAUGAAUAUUUAGGUCUGUUUCAGCUCUAGUGUUCAUUUCAGCUCUAAUUUCCUCACUUGAAGUGAGGAUAAAAAUGGUGGACUUCAUUUAGUAGUAAUAAAUUUCUUUAGCUGACGAUUUAUACUUAUCAGUAAUGCAUGUCAAUGAAACAUGACUUUUUAUACUUGAACCAGACAUAUUAUUUUUAAAUCCCCAAAGAAUUUUCAUGUUAACUAUGACUUAAGAACUAUGGAAAUGUUUUAAAUGCUCAGCUUAUUUUACUAAUUUCAAAAAUCAAAAACUAUAUAAUCUUUGCUCUGAUACCAGAGUAUGGUUUCCUCUUGCUGCCACUGGCUCAGAGCCUUCCAUGCCUCUGGGAGGCAAGCGCAGCUGAACUGAACUUUGUUCAGUGAAGACCUGAUACUUUAUCCCAGGAACCUUUUAUCCCUUUCCUGUCCUCACCCCUCCGCCCCAGGCUGAAGAGCACGCCACUGUCCAGAAGUAGCAGGUCCAAGAUUUUUACUUUCUGUGAUAAGGUAUAAGAAGAAACUCACCCUAUUAUGGAGUAGUUCAGGAUGUUUUUCUGAGCUCUAUAGCAGUGUAUAGUUCAUGUCAUGUCACAGCGUUAGCAACUCCAGUAUCUCAUAACAUGAAUCUUGUUAUAAAUUAUUUUUCUCUUUAUAAGUAUAUGGAGAUUCUAUAUUAAACCAUUCCUUCAUUAA